AUGUCCCGACUAAUGUUUCGAGAGAAGUAUCAUCCGGAUGUUCGACCGAAUCCGAAUGUCCAUCUGAAAUUGUGCGAACGCCGCUUGGAAAUAUUCAUGGAACUGUACGAACAAGGUGCUCUAAACAACGUGGCGUUGCACAGUGGAAAUGAAGCCGCUGUUGUGCGUUUCCUUGAUGCAGUUGCCGUCAAGUUAGCCGGUGGGACUGAAGAGGACGUUCGAUUCUUAGACGAGUUCAAAUACAUCGAUACCACCAAGAAAACAGUGACGAAUAGUAUUGCAUCUACUCAGCGCGACCAGUCCAAUCUUCAAGCUGAUUCACGUGAAGUGAACACUGGGCAAACGAAGAUAUCUGAGGAUGGUGGAAGGAGGAAGACGAAGUCGUCCGAGCGCAAAUCCACCCGUUCCGAAACGCGAAAAUCUUCAUCUACUCGUCAGCCAAGGUCCAAACAAAAAAAGUCCAAAUCAGGCAAAAAAUCCGUUGAAGCCAAAGCUCGGUCUAAAGCUGAGCCGGACCAAACGCAGGAUAAUCGAGUCGGAAGCAGUGAUCGCAGCCGGAGUCGCAGUGCCAGUGCCAGUUCAAGCAACAGUGCAAGUUCCAGCAGUUCAAGUGAUGAGGAAGAUUCCAGUUCGAGUAGUAGUGCAAGCAGCAGCAGCAGUGAGGGUAGCAGUAGUAGUAGUGCAAGCCAAAGUCGCAGUAGUAGCGCCAGCGGGAGCAGUAGCCGCUCGUCCAGUAGUGCAAGUAGCCAUAGCGGACAUGGUGCUACCAACAAGAUUGAUCCCAAGGCUGCCGGCGACCAAUCUGCAAAGACCGCGUCUCAAGAACGGGCGCGGCGCAAACAGCGCGCAAAUGGGGUUCGCCGUUCCAGCGCGCGUUCCACAAGCGAAGGCAGUAGUGUCGUCGUCGGCCGAGAUCUUUCCAGAACUCGGGAUGAACUGGCCCGUUCUAGCGGAGAUACGCAAUCCCAUGUGAAGGAACAGUUAGGCGGGGUUGAGAAUACUACAACGCACAUGUCGCAACAAUCGGAACUGUUAUAUCCAGACGAAACAAAACCGGCAGACGAUCCACCGGUUGUUUAUCGGCGUCCAGUUCAUCACACGAGUGUGUUGUACUUUCCGCACAUUCCUCUAAAUGUAUACCAAAAGGAUUUGAUUGCCGUAAGUUCCAUUUUUAUUAUCUUAUGCGUUCUUCUUCGCCAUCGGUGA